AUUUAUUAAAUAUUAUUAAAUCACCAAUGAUUAUAAUUUAAGUUAGCAAUGAAUAAGUAAUGAAUACAUGUAAUAGAAUUCGUCACUACCGAUGAGGUGAUUUAAUAAAUUAUAAGUAGUACCUACAUUGAUCAACUUAAUGUAGAAAACCCAAUAUUUUUAAUUAAAUAUUUAAUUAAUUAUUACAAAAAUCACUAAUGAUUAUACCCUAUUCUAAACAAAACACCCACUUUUACCUAACAAAUACUGUUUUUCCAGUGGCUGCCAUGGUGUUUCUUAUUUAGAAUAGAAUAUAUUAUCUUUUUUUUUUUAUAAAUUCCCUGGGGCUUUAUUAUUUAAACGGCCCAAAAGUAUUUAUAAAUAACAAUCGUAUAUGUUUUACAUACUAGAUAUAAAUUAUAUAUACUUUACUCAUUGAUGGAGUCACUUUCAAUAAAGUGGCUCUUGUCUUAAUCUAAAAUCUUAAACUAAGUCAAGUUGUAUGUUGAUGUUCUUGGAGUUAUUUAAUAAUUGGAUGGGCAAUGGAUUGACAUGGUAACUAGUCUUGUCUCGUGUUUGCGAGCAAACCUUUGGAUUUCGUCUGUUAUUGUAGACUGCAACAUAUAACGGUGAGUCUUAGUUAUCAAUGAAUAAAUAAUGAAAAUAUCAAAAACUAUCCGUCACUACUGAUAAGGUUAGAUUUUAUAUAUUGGUUCCUCUGGCUUAUUUCAACUACUGCAUUUUUUAAAUGAAAAUGUAUAUAUUUGUAUUAUAUUUUGAUGCUCUUAAUAUUCAUGGUUAAAAGCACACAAAAAAUCUAUUUAAAUUGUGGUACCUUACUAAAUUUUAUUCUUGAUUAAUUAAUUUCUUGAUAGUCAAGAUAAUAUGGAUUAUUAUAACAGGUAGUUUUGGAUAUAUUUGGGUAACCUCAGAUAACCCAGAAGUACCCUAAUAAAAGCUAUUAAUUCUUAUAGUAGUUUAAGUCAACUAAAUAAAUGUAAAAAUAUAUUAAAUAAUAUUCAUAGAUAAUAAUAAGUAGUUUGUAUAUGCUAAGGAGGGUACAUUUAUAAUUAUGUUAAUAUUUACAUUUCUAUAGCAUAACAUUAAAAUAAAAAUAUGUAUAGGGCUGAGAAAAUUAGGUACCUACAUGUCAUAAUACUCACUAAGGUAGGUUGGUUUACAAAUAAUACUUUGAACAAUACUAGGUAAUUUACAUACUAAAGAAUCUACUUGGAUCAGAUAACUAACACAUAAUUUAUGAAAAGGCUUUCUAUAACAAAUUUAAAUCAGAUUAUAUAAAUAUAAAUGGGUGGAAGAUUUUUAUGUAUAAAUUUAAUCAUAUUGCUUUACAAUAAUGUGUUUGUUAUGGAAAUUACAUGAUUAAGAAGGUCUGUUAGGUAUUAUAGGUAUUUUAGGUCUUGAACCCUAAUGUGCUCAUCACUCAACCAAGUAUAAAAGAGUAUGUUUUGUGAGAAAAUAUUUAGUUUGUUGAAAUGCAUUGCCCAGAGCAGUAUAUCAAAGAUAAUGGUAUGCAACGGAGGGAUGCCAGAGAUAUCUCAAAUAUAUAUAUAGAAAAAAUGGUAUGGAAAUCUAAUGAAACAGUUUUAGACUUAGGAUGUGGACCAGGUGAUGUUACUUCAGAUAUUCUUUAUCCUUUUUUAAAGAAUAAAAUCAAUCAGUUGGUUGGAGUUGAUAAAUCAAUAGAGAUGAUAGAAUUUGCAAAAAAAACCUAUGGAUGCUCCAAGAUGGAUUUCAAAGUUUUGGAUAUAGAAAAUGCCCAUGACUGCUCUUUUUAUUCGCACAGAUUUAACAAAAUAUUUUCAUUUUUCUGCUUUCACUGGGUUCAUAAUAAAGUUGAUUCCUUGCUGAAUAUGCACUUAAUGUUGAAAAGUGGUGGAGAAAUUCUGGUUAAUUUCAUGUUAAUUAAUCCAUUAGUUGAGUUGUAUAAAUGUAUGGAUACAGAAUGGCAAAUAUAUAUUAAAGAUAUAAAGCAGAUGUCACAAAAUGUGUAUUCACCAGAUGAAAUAAAAGACAUUUUCACCAAGGCUGGAUUUCGAAUUAUUCAUUUAGAAUCAAGUGUUAAAAAAUAUACAUUUCCAGACUUCUCAUCACUUUUAAGUGCCGUUAAAGCCGUAGAUGUUAUGUACAGUAUUUUGCCACAACAUUUGCAUGACAGAUACUCGAUGCAUGUUAAAGAUAAAAUAUGUGAGAGACAAAUGGUUCAAAUAUGUCCAAUUACAGGAAAAAUAAUCAAGGCAUAUCUUCCUAUUACUGUGCAUGCUGUCAAAGAUUAAAAUUUUAAAUAAUUAAGUAAAAAUCCUUUAUUUAUAUUAAGAGUUCUUCUCGGAUGUGCGUUUUUACUAUAGUUGGCACCAUUUGAUGUUCCUAUCAGUAUGCAUAACAACCACAUUCGGUGACUAGUUGAACAAUUGUCUUACUGAACUAAAAGAAAAUCGGUUGCUGCCAAGAAAUAUUCUUAAUGUCCAUUGACUACAUAUUAUAUAAGAAACAAACAAAUGUAAUUGUUAGACUAAGUUACAACAUCAUACCUAAAGGAAUAUUUAUUUUUAACUGUUCUUAAAUAUAAUUCAAUCACUUCAUUAUCACAAUACCAAUUUUAAAGUUUUAAAAAUAUAUUUUUUAGUUAUUAAGAGGGAGGAUGCCUGCCUUCAUAUUUUGUUGUUCUGUCUUUCAAAUGCAUUGCAUUUGCAAUUCAUUCUCUGCAUUUAGCAAUUUCUUUUUUGUUUGUAGGGGGGGGAACAGUUAGUUGAAACACAUUUUGUAUGUGUUGCAAGGAUUUAUAGCUAGAAAUCCCAGGUGGUCACCCAUCCGGGAGCUAGAAACACCGGCUGAUACGUACACUCAGAGCAUUUCCGCAGUUGAGUGUAUGAACCGCGCCACACCAACCCACAUUAACAGUAUUCCAGUUCAAAAGAAACAUAUUUUUAAUAUUAUAUAAUAUGUUUAUAAUUAUAUGUAAAAUAAAUAAAUAGUUUAAAAAUAA